AAACCGUACGCUAAGGACUUGAAUAGGACACUGUUAUGCCUCAUGAGACUUGGUCCCCACAAGGGGUUCGCCCUCAGGUGAAACCAGCAACUGGUGGACUUGUCAGUUGCCCUUUCUGCCCUAGGACAGCAGAGUAUCCUGCUGUGGCUGCACACCUGCAAAGUCACCAGAGGUCGAUGGUACAAUAUGAAGGAUAUGACAUUUACAAGUGCCAUCUGGCAUGUUUAAAAGAGGGUCACUACCAUUGUGACAUGUGUCAGAGGGCAAUUGGGAGGAAGGAGCUUUUUGAGAAACACCUCAGAAAGUGUUCAUCAUCAAGGCAACAUCAGGCUGUAACACCUGAUGUAACCGUAGUCAGUGACCCUUCCUCACCAGAAACCGAUAUACACACAGAGUGCAAGAUACCUGAAUGCCCUCCCCGUGUUCAACACAAAAGACCAGAGAGAGUGACUUGUGUGCACUGCCACAUCGUUAUAAAUAAAAAGAAUUUGAAUGUACACAUACGGAGAAAGCACUCUAAAGCCACCCCUGACAUACAUGCAGGUCAUCACCUACCAUCUACAUGUGUUGACCCCAAAAGAGGACUUUUUGUUGUGUCUCAGUCAUUUCAACGGAUUGCUCAUCCCAUACAUGUGCAGAAGUGCACAUGGGGCGAUGAAAGAGUAACAGCAUGUGAGCUGGACAGAUGCCAUCAGGUUCAAGAGGUCACCAGGAGGAGUGGGUUGGUUGGGCAUGAAUGUCAACAUUUAAGGUCAAUUGUUUAUGCACCUCUUCCCACUGCACCUGAUAACCUUCGUAAAGAGGUCCUACUGCAAAUGGCAGGAGAAAGAUGGGUGACCAACAGUACGGUAGAGGCCUGCCUAAAACGACAAGAGGAGGCAGAGGCAGAGGGGACACCAGUGACGGUGAUUGUGACUCUGGGGAAAGACCAGCAUGAAACUUACAUCUCGGUCUUUGAGCCUCAGGUCAGAACUUACUCAAAGCUUGGUCGUGUGCUGGUCCACUACGACCAGCACACCAACACGUGGCACUGCCCUUGCGUAACACCACACAAGUCGUGCCUUCACAAGAGCCUGGCAAAGUGGCAGCUCUUUCAAGUUAAGCCAGAGCUUUUUAAAAUGGACAGUGCAGAUGAUAUACAUGACACCCUCACCAUGGAGUCUGUGGUGGGGGAGGAUGUGGUGGAAACAGGAUCUGCAAGUGCCAUUCCCCUAUAUCAACCCAAGGGGGAGGAACUGCAUGGCAUGUUGCAAUACGUAAUUGUGGAUAUCCCCAAACACCUCUUUCCACACGAGACACGCUGCGUCAAGUGUGAGGGACAACCUCCUCUUUCGGAACCCACGGUGAUAACCACAAAGGCGACGGUUGUUUCCUUCCUUGGAGUUGUGGAAGAUGUGACGGCGUACUGUACGAGGUGUGCUGGCUGUGGGAACUUCUACAGACAUGGAGAGAAGUUUGCACAUUUCACAGAGGAAGGCAGAGCGACUGUCAAAGGCUCCGCACCAACAGUUUUCCACGUUCCCCAGAAAAAAAAGAGGAAGGACAUCAACUCUAUUCCAGGAGAAGACCACAUCUACACCAAGGUGUGGAAAGGAUACUCUGAACCCAAUGACCCCUAGCCUAGGCCCCCUGUCCCUUCGUAGUUAAGGAUAUUGGGACUGUUCCUGAGCUUGACUGUCUUGUCUGAGGUCACAGGACAAGGAGGACAAGGCACUUACGAGUCUGAUCCUCUUCUGGCUCCAAGUGCUUCUUCUGCCCCCUUUAAAUGGUGCAUAAGAAACGUUGUUUUAUGUCUGUCAUUGGUCAGUAUUCAUUAAAGAUGUGUUUGUUUGUUUUU